AUGAGCUCCAGUGAUGAUGAGGAUGAGCAGUUUCUAUAUGGGUCUGAUUCAGAAAAUAAAUCUGUAGACGCCAAAGGGCAAAAGAGAGGACUGCAAACUGAUGAUGCAGAUAAUGAUAAAAGUGUGGUAAAAAAACCAAAGGUGUCCGAAAAAUCAACUACUAGUGGAGUAGGGACAAAUCAAAGUGACCUUAGUAAUGACUCUAGUGAGGCUGACGAUGAUGAAAGCGUGUCUUCCGAGGAGGAAAGUGACUCGGACGUCGAGUUUAUAAUUAGCACAGGCGCUGACUCCACGCGUCUGGACUCUGCAUCAACAUCCACAUCAGCUGUUGGUGCACAGUCUAGUGGCAUUAGUGUAGCAACUGCGCCUGCUGAAACUAUACCUGAAGCAGCUCAAGUUGCAGAUGUAAAUAUGGUUGAACGUUCAACUACUGAGGCUGUGCCGAAUGGAUCAAUUGAUCUGGAGGCUGAGGGAACAUUCGAAGGACAACCUAUCACAACCUUAGAUCCGGAAGUCCUAAAGGAAAAGCCAUGGAGACAACCGGGCGCUAAUUUAAGCGAUUAUUUCAAUUAUGGAUUAAAUGAAUACACAUGGAUGGAAUAUUUGCAUAAACAAGAAAAAUUACAACAAGAAUAUAAUCCACACAAAAUUCUUAUGGGUCUACUCACUCUGCAGCAACAAGGCAAGCUAAAUGGUCCCAAUAAAAUGGAGCAAUCUACUAAUAAUACGGGAGACAUGAAUAAUAUAAAUAGUAUGCAUGGUAAUAACAUGAUGAAUCAACAUAAUGGUAAUCGAUCUAUGCCGCCGACGGGAUUUCCGCCACUUCCAAUGUUUGGUGGAUUUCCACCUUUUGGUAUGCCAGGUAUGAUGCCGCCCAUGAACCCAAACUCAAACCCAAACCUUCAAAAGAAAUAG